AUGGUUAAGAAAGUAGCAGUAAUUGGAUCAGGAGUUAGUGGCUUGACUGCUAUCAAAGCAUGCUUGGAAGAAGGAUUGGAACCCACAUGUUUUGAAAAAAGUUGUGAUAUUGGAGGUCUUUGGAGGUUUACAGAUGAAUUGGAGGAUAAAAGAGCCAGCAUCUAUAGCUCUUUGGUUACCAAUGUUUCCAAAGAAACUAUGUGUUUCAGUGACUUUCCAAUGCCCUCAGAUUUUCCCAAUUUCCUACCUAAUCGGAAAUACUUUGAAUACAUCAAGUUAUAUGCAGAAAAUUUUAAGUUGACAAAAUACAUUCAAUUCAAGACAACAGUGUGCCGAAUUGAGAAACAUCCUGACUUUCCUGUAAAUGGUCAGUGGAAUGUUACUACAGAAAGUGAUGGUGAAAAAAAGACUGCUAUCUUUGAUGCAAUUUUAAUUUGCACUGGUCAACAUGUGGAUGCUGAGAUACCAAUAGACAGUUUUCCAGGUAUUAAAAUGUUCAAGGGAAAAGUCUUACAUUCCAGAGAGUACAAAAGGCCAGUUGGUUAUGAUGGAAAAAGAGUGUUAAUUGUUGGAAUGGGUAACACCGGUGUCGACAUCUCAACUGAACUGUGCACACUUGCCUCACAGGUAUACCUUACAACUAGAGAAGGAGUAUGGAUAAUACCUCGUCUUGGGAAAGAUGGCUACCCUUUUGAUUUGUUUUUCCUACGUCGUAUUAACAAUUGGAUAGAAAACUUAGUACCACGAUCAGUGUCCAGAUGGAUGUUAAAACGAUACUUGAACAAUCGAUUUAACCAUGAACUGUACAAUAUACAACCGAUUCAUAGAAUUUUUUGGAAGGAACCUUUGGUAAAUGAUGAGAUUGCAAGUCGUGUUUUGUCAGGCUCCAUUAUCAUCAAGCCAGGAGUGACAAAAUUUACUGAAACAGAUGCACAUUUUUCAGAUGGUUCUAUAGUGCGUGAUCUUGAUGUUGUCAUUCUGUGCACUGGAUUUGGCUACAGUUUCCCUUUUUUGGAUGAGUCAGUCUUCAAGAGAAAUGAAAACAAAGGAAAUUUAUAUAAAAAGAUAAUUCCUUUGGGUAUUGAAAAACCCACAAUUGCAUUUAUUGCAUUUCUCCUACCGAUUGGACCAACCAUGGUAGCUGCGGAGAUUCAGUGCCGAUGGGCCACCAGAGUAUUUAAAGGUAAGAGCAAAUGA